AUGUUCGCCAUCGGAUCUAUUCUUCUUGCUCUCGUUGGCGUUGCAAGUGCAGCCGCAAACCCUAUUGCAGAUCCAACUGGCGUAGGGGUCGAGGCUCGUUCGCCAACACCCAAAUCCGAGCUAGCGGUUCGUGACGGCACUCCGAGUUCGAGUGGCUUCAAAGACGGGUACUACUACUCAUUUUGGACCGACGGCGCUGGAAGCGUCUACUUCACCAACGGUUCUGGUGGUUCGUACAGCGUAACCUGGUCAGGCAGCGGUAACUGGAUCAUCAAUUUCUCGGCUGACUUCAGCCCUAGUGGAAACGCCUACCUUUCAGUAUACGGCUGGUCGACGAACCCACUCGUCGAGUACUACAUCGUCGAGAACUUUGGAACAUUCAAUCCACAGUCAUUAGGGACAUACAAGGGCAAAUUCUGGUCAGACGGCAGCGAAUACUCAAUCUCCACCGUCAUACGUUAUCCCUUGCCCUCAGUCACGGGUGGUCCAAACACCCAGAUAUUGCGACAGUACUGGAGCGUCCGUCAAAUCAGGCGCUCUUCGGGAACGGUUACGACAGCGAAUCAUUUCAACGCAUGGAAGCAAUACAAUAUGACCCUUGGUCCGCACAACUAUCAGAUUCUUGCUGUCGAAGGAUACUAUAGCAGCGGAAGUGCCAACGUGACUGUCUGGUAA